AUGAAAUUAGUUGUUAGCAAAACCGUCUUAAAUACAUUACCCCUUUUAUUAAUAUUAUUAGCUAUAUGUACAUGUAAUAUUUUGAUAAAUUCAAAAAAGUUAAAUUAUAUUAAAGGGGGAAAACAUGCAUACAAUUAUAAUGCUUGGCAAAAAAAUAGUAUAAAUAAAUAUUUUUAUAUUAAUAAUUGGAAAAAAAGAAAACGAAUAAACUAUAAAUUGAAGCAUUACAAAUUGCAGAGUUACAAACUGAAUCGUUACAAGCUUUGCUCCAUUUUUUCAAUAUUUAAAAAACAAAAUGAUGAAAAAAAAAAAAAAAAUGUCUCUCUUAUUAGCAACCAGACUGCUAUUCCAAAAGGAAAUGUUCAGAAAGAUGGAAUAAAUGAAAAGAGCAAACCUGGAAAUUCGGGGAAAAUUGAAACGGAAAAAAGAGGCAAAAAUGAAACAGAAAAAGGAGGGGAAACAGAUAAAGGAGGCGAAAAUGAUGAUAGGCGUAAUAAAAUUGAGGGAUAUCCUGAAAUCGUGUUAGAAUUAAAUAAAAACCCCAAAGACGCUCUUAAAAAUGUCCAAAAAUAUACAGAGCAUUUAAAAAAUGUUAUGGAUAAAAUGAUAAAGUUAUUAAAUAAUAUAUUUUUUUAUAAAACCAAAUUUAUAGAAAAAGAUAAUGAUUUCAAAAUGUUUUUUGAAUAUAUUUUUAAAGAAUUUGAAAAAAAUUAUAAAAAAAUUACAUAUAUUAAUGAAAUAGAAAAAAUGCAUUAUGAAGAUACUAAAAAUGAAUAUUAUUUAGCUAACUAUAAAUAUUUUGUAAAAAUGUUAAAUAUAAUUGAAGAACAUUUAUUACACAUAUUAAAUUUAAAAUUACAAUUUUUAAAAUUAAAAGCUUUAAAUGAUAUUAAAGAUACAAUUUCUAAACAAACCAAUAAUAUAGAUUAUAUAUCUUUCUAUAAUAAUAUAAAUAAUAUUUUUAUUUCUUAUGAAAAAGAGUUAAAUAAUUUACAACCAAAUAAAUAUAUUUUUACUAUAUAUGACAAUAUAAAAGAAAAAAAAAGUAACAUACUAAUCAAUUUUAAUUAUGACAUAUCUAUUGAUAAAUAUCAAAAUGCUAUUAAAAAAAUUAUAGACUAUCUUAAAAAUUUUUCACAAGAUCUAACAAAAAAAAAAAAAAAAAAAAUUUAUAAAAAUAUUGAAAAAAAUGAACAUUAUGAAAAUAUUUUAAAAAUAAUAGAUAAUCAACAAAAGCAAAUAGAAGUAUUACAAGAACAAUUAGAAUCAUCUAUUGAUGGGUCAAAUGAAAAAUAUUCUCCUUUUUAUUGUUCUAUUGCUUAUAGGAUACCCGAUACAAAUUUAAAUAUAUCAACGCAAUAUCUUAAAAAAAAAUUCAAUAUAAAAUUAAAUUGUAUUCCAGAUGAUUCUAUGCAUCUAUUGGGAUCGUAUGGAUUCGUUAAAGCUCUUCCUUUUGGUAAUCUCGGACUUUCUUUUUCGUUAAAUUUUUAA